AUGUCCCUCUCCUCGCAACGUCUCGCUCGCUCUCUCACGUCGCUAUCGCCACCUCCCAGUGCUCGGCUCGUGUCGUCCCUCGCCCCUCCUUAUGCUCAUUCGACGACGGAACCUAGCGCGUCCCUCCUUCCCCCUUACUCUCACAAAGUCGAUAGUGAUUCGACUCAUGCUCCUUCGACAUCCCUCUCCGCUCAUCAUCGUUUCUUUCUCCAACGAGCUUCAAUUCCACCUACUGGCGCCUCAAAAGUAUCGCUUCAUCCCAGAAUCCAAUCGCUCCUCUUGAGCGACGUGGGUCGAAAUGAAUUGACGGAUCUAUGGAAGGCCACUGUCCUGAAUCUCGAAUCCAGUCGAUCAAGGGGCAUCCAAGUCCCUCAAGUAUCCUUUAUCUCCCUCUCACAGCAGGUCAAAGAGGAGUCGUUGGUCCGGACAUUCCUCGAGACUGGCGUAUUGGUUGUCAGAGAUGUGGUGAGGGAUGAAGAUGUUCAUACGUGGACAGAGCAGUUAAGCGAGGCUCUCAAGGAGAGACAGGGGAGAAGACUGAACCUCGUAGUGACAUUCUGGGACAAAUCUCUGCUCUCGGCUCGAUCUCAUCCGUCGGUGCUGUCUGCCAAUGCCCAGAUGAUGUCGGCUGUCAGCGGAACAGAGACUGAACCCUACAUUCUCGCCUCUGCAGCUAGGGAGGGCAUCGGACAGUCACAGACUUCGAUCGAUGUGCGUGAGCCAUGGAAAGUAGAAGCCACAAAGUCUGCACUCCCUUCGACACCACUCAGCGCCCAGCUUGCCCUGACUCGAUCUUCCGACUCGGUCUCGACCGUCCUACCGUCCAUCUCAGCGGCCAUCUACGCGACUCUGAGACCUCUGUUCGUACCGCGACGAUCUCUCCUCUCAUUCUAUGACAAGUCAGCGUAUCUCGAUCCGGCCAACUGGACGCUAUCGACCACAUCUUCGGCCGAAUCCUCAGACACAUCUCUCCCUCAUCUGAUCGACAGCGCGGUACCCAUGCCUCAAUUGGAGCCUGGUGAUAUCUUGUAUCACCACACUGGACUUCCUGUGCACACAUCGUUUUCGCAGGUGUUCCUGCCUAUUUCUCCCCUGCCCCGAGACGUCAAUACAGAAUACGUAGCGCAUCAGCUUGAGGCGUUUGAACGUGGUCUCCCGCCUCCUGGACAGCAGGCACAGGAUCUGGUCGAACUCGAGAUGGAGGGUUCGAGGAGAGAUAUCAAGACAGGCGGAGGACGAACCGCCAUGGGCUACGAUUAA